GUGAUAUACUAUAUGAUAUGUAGACAGUGAUAUCAGAUUAUACAUGUAUCUUUAAAAGACGGCACGUAAAGUAUCAUCUUCAAUCUUACAUAUGUGCAUCCGCCAAUUCGUAGAUUUUUCGAGUCCAUUCGCAACAGGAGCAGUUAACACCAACGAGGCGUAAAUAUUAUUGUCAACCACAUGGAAAAGCUUACCUGACCAGCUCGGCAGCUCCGAAUCAACAUUGAACCCACCGAGACGCUGUUCCGGGGAAGGCGGCACCGGAUUGUUAUGUGCGAGGGGCGCCAGUGCGGGGUGGGUUGCAUUUGAUUUAUUUGCGUCUUCCAUCAGAAAGGUUAAGAAUCAUUCAAAUAACCAGCAAUUGACACCGCCCACAUAUAUAAUACUCCGUUCAACACCCUGUCCUCAUCAGGACGAAACACAUCCUCUCCAGCUUGGACUCUCCCGCGGUACGCGAACCGCAAGAAGCGAAGCAACACCCCCAGCUUCCCCGCGAUGGCCCCGCAGCAACUGGUCCCCCAGACUGACAACAUUGCAGACGUCUAUGCGACUGACGAUGCCUCUGCUAAGUCUGUUGCACCUGAGAUCCAGGCUCGCUGGCGCAACCUGGUCACCCAGUUCACCCAGAUCUACGGCAAAAAGCCAGAUUUUGUUGCGCGCAGCCCCGGCCGUGUGAAUAUCAUCGGCGAGCAUAUCGAUUACAACCUCUACGACGUCCUCCCUACUGCCGUCAGCGUCGAUGUCAUCAUUGCCGUCAAAGUAGUCGAGACCCAAGGCGCCGAAGCAACUGUGAAGAUAUCAAACGUGAACCCCGAAAAGUUCCCCUCGCGCGAGUUUACUAUCCCUUCUGACAAGGAUAUCGAUAUCGACCCUACCAAGCACGAAUGGAUCAACUACUUCAAGGCCGGAGUGCUCGGUGCAAUGAAGUUCCUGCGGCAGAACAACCCAUCUAUCAAGCCAGCCAGCGUUGAGAUUCAUCUUGACGGAAAUGUACCUCCCGGUGGUGGAGUUUCAAGUAGUGCUGCAUUUGUUUGCGCCAGUGCAUUGGCAGUACUGAAGGCCAAUAACCACAAUGUCUCGAAGCAGGAUCUUUUGGAUUUAGCUGUUGUCUCAGAGCGAUCUGUUGGUGUUUACUCUGGCGGAAUGGACCAAGCUGCCUCCAUUUUCUCCGAGCGAGGGUAUCUCUUAUACACAAAAUUCUUCCCUAAAUUCUCCGUCGAACACGUGCCCGUGCCUGAAGCCGACGAGGAAGUUAUUUUCCUGGUCGCACAAAGUUUUAUCACCUCCAACAAGGCCGAGACCGGGCCUCGUCAUUACAACCUCCGAGUGGCCGAGUGCACACUAGCCGCCGUCGUGUUGGCAAAAUUGCACAAUGUCACUCUAGAAAAGGACAACAGCUCUUUGGGAUACAGUCUGCGUAACUUCCACGAGAAAUUCAUGCGCAAGGAGGGUCGUCUCCAAGAUCCGCUUGAGUAUCAAUUGGAUUCCGUUAUCCAGACCACAACAGAGCUAUUUUCACAGGAGCAGGGAUACACACGUGAGGAGAUUGCUAAACUUCUUGACAUCACUGUUCCCGAGCUCGAGUCUCGCUUCCUUUCGUCCUUCCCCGUCCAAGCAGAGCGUUUCCUGCUCCGGCAACGCGCUCUACACUGCUUCAAGGAGGCCCGUCGAGUUCUGGACUUCAAGGCCUGCCUUUCCCAUGCCAAGAAGUUAGACGAAAAGCGCCUUCACUAUCUCGGCCAAUUACUCAACGAGACCCAGGAGUCGUGCCAAAAGGACUACGAAUGCAGCUGCCCCGAGGUUGACCAAAUCUGCAAGAUUGCUCGUCGUGCUGGCACUUGGGGUAGCAGACUCACAGGGGCAGGCUGGGGAGGCUGCACGGUGCAUAUGCUGCCAAAGUCGAAGGUGGAGGCUGUCAGCCAAGCCCUGAAGGAUGAGUACUAUUCUCAAAAGUUCCCCGAUCUUUCCCAGGAGAAGCUGGCACAGGCUAUUGUCAUUAGCAAGCCAUCAAAUGGUUCUUUCUUGGUUCAAGGUACUGCUUUGGAAUUCUAAUUUGAAAUAGAAGCUCUUAGGCGUUGUUUAUGUGCUAUGUUUUCUUGCUAUGUUACAUUUCAUAUAGAUGGACGAAGUGCCCCAUGUAAUAUUAAAUGCAUAUCAAUACAGGUUA